AUGACAUUACUCCAUCAACCAGAAUCGAUCAAGGCGAGGCGUUUCGUCAGUGUUUGCAGACGCCGGGGGAUCGCUGCAGCUUGGGCGGGUCUUCAGCUUGCACAUUACCGGCCGCAGCAGCAAAGGAUGAACGCAGCUCUAGGAAAGGUGCUGUGUCCAAGGAAUGAUUCCAUUUUUAAGCAAGCCUUUUCUCUCUUAAGGUUCAGAACUUCAGGAGGAAAUCCCAUCUGUUCUGCAGGUGGCAUUCUGCUGAGUACCAGUCGGCACUACAAGACAAAGCCUACCCAUGGCAUUGGAAGAUAUAAGCACCUAGUUAAAGCCCAGGAGCCCAAGAAGAAGAGAGGAAAAAUAGAAGUAAGACCCAUUAAUUUGGGGACAGAUUAUGAAUAUGGGGUUUUAAACAUUCACCUGACUGCAUACGACAUGACCCUGGCAGAGAGCUACGCCCAAUAUGUUCACAACCUCUGCAACCAUCUAUCCAUUAAAGUUGAGGAAAGUUAUGCGAUGCCCACCAAAACCAUGGAGGUAUUGCGGCUGCAAGACCAAGGCAGCAAAAUGUUCCUGGACUCAGUUCUUACCACCCAUGAGCGAGUGGUUCAGAUCAGCGGUUUGAGUGCUACAUUUGCAGAGAUUUUCUUGGAAAUAAUCCAAAGCAAUCUUCCUGAAGGAGUCAAACUGUCAGUGAAGGAGCACACUGAAGAAGACUUUAAGGGAAGGUUUAAAGCUCGGCCAGAACUGGAAGAACUGUUGGCCAAGUUGAACUAGCUCAUUAUAGACCCUUUCAAGCCAGGACUGGUGAUAUUGAGUGCCAAGGGGAAGAGCUUCGUGGGUGGUCAAAAUUAAGAAGACCCUUUAGAUAUCAUAACUACCCAUCCUCAUUACCCAGGAAUGUCUCCUCUCUUAUAUGGAGGAGUGUUGCCAGUUUCCACUUUCCUUUGAGCCAACCUAAGGCAUCCUCAAUCUAAUAAAAAUCUGUAGCUAAGGGACAUGUGUGUAUGUAAGAA